AUGACGGUCAUCUACAAGACCGGCGAAGACGCCCGCCUGGCCUUUCGGUCCGGCGCCUUCACCUCGACGACGUCCGGCCAGGCCCCCACAUACCUCCAGGCGAACCUCAUUAUCCUCCCGCAGCGGUACGCCGACGACUUCCGGCUCCUCUGCCAGCGGAACCCCGUGCCGUGCCCGCUGCUCGCCGAGUCGGCCAGCCCCGGCGACUACAAGCGGCUCAAGUCCUACGUCCGCAGCCACGACGGCAGCAAGAUCCUGCCGGUGGCCGACAACAUCGACCUGCGGCACGACUUCCCCCGUUUCCGGGUCUACGAGGACAGCAGGCACGUCCCGGUCGACGGCGUCGCGGAGCCGGUCGACGUCGCGGACAGGUGGCUGGACGGCGACCACGUGGGCUUCCUCAUCGGGUGCUCGUUCAGCUUCGAGAGGGCCCUCUGCGAGGCCGGGCUCGCGCCGCGGCACCAGCUGCACAACCGCUCGGUGGCCAUCUACCGGACCAGCAUGCCGCUGUGCGCCGCGGGCGUCUUCUCGGGGGCCACGUACGUCGUGUCGAUGAGGCCGUACAGGCCCUCGGAGAUCGAGAGGGUGCGCGACCUCACCAGGCCCUUCGUCGCGACCCACGGCGAGCCCGUGGCGUGGGGCUGGGACGGCGCCGAGAGGAUCGGCAUCAAGGACAUCACGAAGCCGGACUGGGGCGACGUGACGCUGCGGCUCGACGGGGAGGGCGCGUUCGGGCCGGACGACGACGAGUACGUGCCGGUGUUUUGGGGCUGCGGCGUGACGCCGCAGGAGGCUGUGAUGCGGGCCGACCUCAAGGGAACGGUGAUGGGGCAUGCGCCCGGGCACAUGACGGUGUUGGACGUAAGAGAGGAGGAGAUAUUUCCCGUAUCGUAA